ACCGCGACUCGAUUACUAAGUACACGGUCCAAUAAUCAGAUUGUAAACAUGUGACGGAAUAAACAAGACGUAUAAUUUUAUACAUAUAUUUAUACAUUCAUCGACAUAACUUAUCGACCAUAUUUACUUCUAUAACGAAAAGUGGAUUAUGUUAAAGUGACUGCAUCCUAUGUGAUAAACACAAAUCUUAUAUUUUAAAAAUUCUGGAUGUUUUUAGAUGUUUUUAGAUUAAGCAUGUUAAAAUAUUCACAUAUUUUGAGGAUACUUAGUUUGUUAUUGAUCAGUCACUGUCUAAGCGUAUCUGCCGACGGAUAUGGUUGUGAGUUACAAUGGCAGCAGCUUCACAGAUCAUGUGUUCAUUUUAUAACAGACAGACCUGGUCUAAAUUGGCAGGAGGCUCGAGAUCAUUGCAAAAAUAUAACAUCUGACCUUUUGAGCAUUGACAGCAGGCAGGAAAAUAAACAGAUCAAAGAGUUAGUGAAAUAUUAUGUUGAAAACUUUGGCUUCCUAGAAUGGUGGAUUGGUAUACGACAGGUCAAUGGAACCUGGCAAUGGGUCGAUGGCGAAGAAGAAUACGCAAAAAUUCCGCCAUGGGCGCCAGCAUCAGAUAGCUAUUCUGACUCAAGAGAAGACAGUAACGUCUUAAGUGAUGAUAAAUGUGCGGUUAUUGACGAUAAAGGAAAACUCAGAGAAAAGUCGUGCAUCAGAGAAAAAAGACCUUUUAUUUGUGAAAAACUCCCAAGUAGGUUAAAGGGUCUAAAUUCACAAAGUUUGUAAAAGAAACAACUUAUAAUUUCUUAUUUAAUUAAAAGGCACAUUAUGCCUCAGAAAUCCACAUUUUUUAUUCUUAAAAAUGUUAAAAAUGUGUUGAAUAGUGGACUCAGAGCAUGUUAAUAUUUUACAAUUCAAGAAAAUAGCGCUGAAUAUGCAGUAAUGUGUCAUAAAGGUAGCAACACGUAAACAAAAUAGUAUUUUUCUUCCAUACAAAAUACUAAUUCAAUAUAUUUAUACCAAUUGCCAACAGAGCAUAAGGAUUAAAAGAUGGCUCAUCUAUACGGCAAAUAAGAAUUUUUUUAAACUGUAACAAGGUACCAAAAAUAAA